CCUCGACAUCACGAGCGAGAGAAACAUGGCAACUCUUUUACCUCGCUAGUCGAUUUGCGACCAUCGGCGCGUGUAGAUCAAUGAUAAAGGAACGUCAACGACAGUGACAUUCUUAUUGUUCCGCAGGCGUUUUUUUCGAAAGAAAAAGAAAAUGCCAUCGAUUUGUUUUACGGAAUUUACAAUAGCGGGAAAUACCGUUAACGCGUACGUUUGCCAACGACAAAGAACACAAAACGCUGUGAAUAUCGAGCGGCAAGCAUUGGACCUGGAACAAAUGCUACAAAGCGGAACCAUAGGUGAAACACCUCUGACAUCUCGCACAUAUCCCUCAUCGAAAUUAGGACGUACGGUUUCGAACUAUUCCACAAUAGACAAAAGUGAAAGUCUUCCAAGUAACACAGACGAACACUACGGGAAGCUUAUUGCGCCAAGGAAAGAUCUCUUGAGUAUCGUUAUCCGUACGAUAACUCUUGUACGACAAAAUUGUAUCCUUCAAAGACGUGUAGAUGCUUUGCAAACGGAAACGCAGAGGAUUCUUCGUUCAGUACUAAAUAAAUCAGAAAAUCAGCGUCAACAAGAUAGAUUGCAAAUAUCGCAACUUGAAAGUGAGAUUGUCUCAUCAUCCACGGACAAGGUUGUCUCCAUGACAUCGGUAUUACUCGAUUCUGAUUCAAUCGGAAAUUCGCUUGGUCCCUCUCAUAGAGUUACUUCUACCUGCAAUAAUCAUGAUUACAAUGAAAAUUGUGCAUUCGUGUGUAAAGAAUAGGGUUACUAAUCAAUCUUUCUGUGCAUUUAUCUCUUUGCCCUCCCAUCCAUAUUUAUAAAAAAUUUUAUUCUAUAUAUACAUAUGUACAAAACACACACAUACACACACGCAUAUAUACAUAAUGCAUCUGUAUUUAUAAAUGCAUAUAUAGAAUAAAAUUUUUAUACAUGUAAUGAACUCUUCUCUCAACGAACAAACAAGUCAAGCUAAUAAAAGCCUAUCUUAAAUAUUAUAAAUUUUUAAAUAAUACAAACUAAACGAGAACAUUUCGUAACCGGAAGCAGCGAUAAUCUAUGAUUCUUGUAACAUUUAUAAACUAAUAUAGAAAUCUUUGCGGCAUUACUUCUGUUACAAUUUCAAAGUAACGUAUUACCGUAAUCUUAGAGAAUUAAAAUGCAUUUUAUCACAUUUAUCACAUGAUUUUCUUUAAUAUAUGAAAUUUAUUAAUUAUAUCCCUGAGAUAUAUGUAUUAUAAUUAUCAUACAAUUGUAAAACUAAAGUAUAGAUUAAAUGCAGUGUGCUAACAUUGCUUUCGAUCUGUCGGUUAAAUGUAAAUAUUUCAAAAUACAUCACGAUUAUGUGCACAAUAAGUAAUAAUUCUUUAACUCUGUGAAAUAUCUAUCAAAUUCUUUUAUAAAUAUAUUAUUUUUAUAUAUACGCACGC